GAGAGACGGAGGCAGGCAAUGGAAAGAGAGAGAGGAAGACAAGAAGAGUAUGAGGAGGAAGGAGGAGGAAGACCCUAUCCAGGGCCAGAAUGGGACUAUUUGAAGGGUGCACCCGGUGAAAAUGGACUUCAGGGACCCAAGGGGGAACUUGGUGAAAAAGGACACAAGGGUGAGCCAGGUAUUGGCCACAGAGGUCCUGUGGGACAGGCUGGUCCACCCGGAACUAAGGGUGAGCCUGGUGAACCGGGUCCCUCUGGAGCUCAGGGUAUUCAGGGUGUCCGUGGUAACCCCGGUAUCUCAGGUUUUCAGGGUCUGCGGGGCCUACCAGGAGACCCAGGAGAGGCGGGGAGAGAGGGGGACAGGGGUAGAAGGGGUAAGAACGGAUCAUCCGGGACUCCAGGAACUAAAGGGAAACCUGGAAUAGAGGGUCCACCUGGUCUACCUGGGACGAAAGGAGAUAAGGGCGACAGUAUCCCGGGGGAACCAGGCGUCAGGGGUGUGGUUGGGAUCACAGGUCGCAGGGGUGAAAAGGGCACUGCAGGAGUCAUAGGAGCCCCAGGACACACUGGUCCAAAGGGCUUCCCGGGCAGCAAAGGAGCAAAGGGUGACAGAGGUUUAGCAGGAGUACAAGGAGAGAGGGGAAGCCCUCUCCAAAUCCAGGGACCCAGAGGCUACAAGGGCUUAAAAGGAGAAGGGGGAGAGCGAGGCUCCCCAGGUUUCGAUGGAGAUAAAGGCGAGAAGGGAGAGGACGGGCCCCCGGGGUUCAAAGGCCUCAAAGGAGAAGCAGGGGCCAAAGGAGCCAUGGGGCUGUUUGGGGUCCGCGGACCAGUGGGCCAGAAGGGAGAUACUGGCGAGCCUGGAGUCAAUGGAGAAGUGGGUCGUAAUGGGGACGAUGGAUUGGACGGAGCCACAGGAGCCAAAGGAGACAUGGGACUCCAGGGACAGAAGGGAGAUCAGGGUGACAGAGGUGAACCUGGUUUACCGGGGGAUACUGGGCAGACAGGAGAGAAGGGAUUCCGAGGCCUACCUGGACGCAUAGGAAGCACUGGGCUUGAUGGAGAAAAGGGAGAGAUGGGGAUUCCUGGAACCCCAGGACUUCCAGGGAUCAAUGGACUCACAGGACGGAAGGGGGAAAAAGGGAACGAGGGUAUCAAUGGAGUAGAGGGAGCCCCAGGACUGAAAGGAGAGAAGGGCACCACUGGUUUCCCAGGGUUCCCUGGGUUUAAGGGGUCAGCAGGGACACCAGGAAGUGAUGGAGCGGAGGGGCGACCAGGAAGUAAUGGGUCCAAGGGAGAGACAGGAACCAAGGGAGAGAGGGGCAGGAGAGGCAGAGGGAAGCCUUGUCAGACAGGACCACCUGGAACUCCAGGACAAAGAGGAGGCAGUGGAGAGCUUGGAAAAGAGGGACUAAAGGGAGAGAAAGGGGAACCUGGACUCUCUGCCGAGGAGGUGAAAGAGCUGGUCAACCAAGAGGUGGUGAACCAGUGUGCGAUGGACUUGAAGUUUGUGGUGAAGUCCAAGGACCCGGAUGCUGAGAGCACGUUGAGUGAGAGGGAGCCGGACGAGCCUGUAUCCAUCCUAACUCGCAGCCUACCUGAGGAUGAGAUGGAAGAGGAAGAGGAAAUACUUGAAAAGGAGCUGGUAGGAUCAAACACUCCUCCCCCCGUCCCCUUGCGAGAGGAGGGGACUCCAGGGAAUGGCAACCUUACCGACUCUGGAGCGGACGGGGGAGCGGAGUGGGGACUGACGCACAGAAGACGAAGGGUGCCGAGAGUUGGGCCGCGCUCAUCAGACUUGACCCCUGACCCCUGCCUGCAGCCCAUGUCAGAGGGGGGGUGUUGGGAGUAUGUCCUGCUGUGGUACUACCACCACCGCUCCGGGGAGUGCCGGCCGUUUGUCUACGGGGGCUGUGAGGGCAACCACAACCGCUUCAACACCAAACACGAGUGUCAGAGGUGGUGUGGGAAAGAGAGGAGAGGUCUUGAGCCUAGAAGGUGAGAGAGAGCCCGCCAAUCAAGACAAUUCUUUUUUGUAAAUGCCACAGUGUAAAAUGUUAGAAUUUUUGUGCAGAUCUGUUUUUUUAUAUUUAAAGUAAACUAAUGAUUACCCACACUUGAGAGAAAUGCCCAUAUAGACCAGAACUGAAUUUGAAAUUCUUUAUCUGUGCCUGUUUGAGCUUGCCUGGCUUAAUAACCCAAUAGAAAAGUCCCCAAACUGCAAAACCUUGCCCAUCUGGCACGCCGUGCAGUCUCAAGCAAAUGCUCAAUGGAUUUCUCAAGUAUUUGAACGCAGGCAUUAUAUUUUCUAUGGACUAUGAGAAUUAUAGUUGACUCACUAUGUGAAUGUUAUGAAUGUGUUCUUUCAUGUUGUAUGUUUUAAUCAAAAGACAGCCUGCCAUUCUGUUAUACUACUUCUAAGUGCAUCAUUUGUUCUAGCUGUUUAAAUUCUGAGUUUUUAUCACUUAAACCCUGAAACUACUGAAAGAUUUGUAUUGUAUUGGUACAUGAUUCUACACCAAUGGCACUGUUUAUGUGAAUUGAUAAUGAGUAUUUACUAUUUUAAUGUGUGUCAUUAAA